AUGUCUACUUGCUGCGAGUUAUGUGGUGAAGGUCACACAAGUGACAUAUGUCCCGUGAAUCCUGAAUCAAUCUACUACGUGAGGCAACAAGCUAGAGGGCUGAUGAAUCAACAUGCUCAAUAUUGUAACACAUACAAUCUGAACUGGAGGAAUCAUCCUAACUUCUCUUUGGGUGGAAAUCAGAAUAUCAGGCCUCAAGUGAAUUACAAUCAUCCACCUCAACCUCCACAGCAAGCAGAGGAGAGUUUGACCGACAUGAUGAAAAAGUUGUUGAUAGACAAUCAGAAAGUAAUGGCUGAGAAUCAACAAUUACGCAUAGAAUUCAGAAACCUAGAGAGGCAGUUUGGGAAAAUAGCUAUCAAUCAGAAUACUAGACCUGCUGGAGCUCUCUUGAGUGAUACUGAACCUAAUCAUAAGGCUCAAGUCAAUGCGGUUACCUUGAGAAAUGGAAGAGAAUUAGAAGAAGUUCCAGAGAAAAAGAAGUAUAUAGCUAGACCCGACGAAGAAUUAGUUCCUAAGCCCGUUAAGGAGAAUGAGAAAGAAAAGCCAGAAAUUGUGACAAGGCCACCACCUCCGUUUCCACAAAGACUGCAAAGGCAAAAAGAUGAUGUUAUGUACAAAAAAUUCUUAGAUAUUUUAAGCCAUGUGCAUGUGAAUUUGCCUUUGGAGGAAACUUUGCAGGAAGUGCCUAAGUAUGCAAGGUAUCUCAGAGAUAUUGUGGCAAACAAGCGAAGACAAUUGGAGUUUGAAACAGUUGCACUUACUGAAGAGUGUAGUGCUAGAGUUCAAAGUAAACUCACUCCUAAGUUGAAGGAUCCUGGCUGUUUCACAAUUACUCUGUCUCUUGAAAAACAUGAAGUAGAUAGGUCACUAGUUAUGCCAGAAGGAAUUGUUGAGGAUGUGUUAGUUCGAGUGGGAAGCUACUGGUGGAGGCUUAUUGAUGCUAGGGAAGGAAAGUUGAAGAUGAGAGUUGGCAAUGAGGAAAUUACUUUUAAUGUGUACAAGGCACUUAAGCUCCCUAAGCAUUAUGAGGACUUGUGCAUGAUUACUGCGGUAGAACUGAAGGGGAUAGAGCAGAGUCCUGAUGUGAAUUAUAGUGAUUCGGAUAGGACGACUGAGUUGGAUGAGGUGGUGUUGCAAGGUGAGUGUGUAAUGAUGAUUGAGAAAAGAGCUAGAGAUGAAAGAGAAGAUCUUCUGAGAGAGUGUAAAAAGGCUAGGCUUAAUGGGAGAAUAAAGAAGAUAAAGCACCCAGCCUGA